GCCAUGGUUUCAUCUCAAAAUGGAGGAAGCAGCAGCUGCAGGCAUAGUGAUCACAUUUGGUCUGAUCAUAUGGGCAUUGAAGGUGGUGAACUGGUUGUGGCUGAGGCCGAAGAAGAUAGAGAAGUUGCUAAGAGAGCAAGGUCUCAAAGGAAAUCCAUACAGGAUUCUGAUCGGUGACUUGAAGGAUUUUGUCAAGAUGCAAAAGGAUGCCGGAUCCAAACCAAUGAGUUUCUCUCAUGAAAUAGUGUCUCGUGUGUCUCCCUAUGUCAAACUCACUGUUGACAAACACGGAAAGAAUUCUUUUAUCUGGUUUGGACCAACACCGUGGGUGAUCCUCACAGAUCCUGAAUUAAUAAAAAACGUGUUAAACAAGAUCCAUGACUUCCCAAAGCCUGAUACUAAUCCGAUUUUAAAGUUACUAGCUACAGGUCUUGUAACCCAUGAAGGAGAAAAAUGGAGCAGGCAUAGAAGGAUAAUUAACCCUUCAUUCAAUAUAGAAAAAUUGAAGAUCAUGUUACCAAUAUUCUUCAAAAGCUGCAAUGAUCUAAUUAGCAAAUGGGAAGGAAUGUUGUCGUCAGAUGGAUCAUGCGAAAUGGAUGUAUGGCCUUUCCUUCAGAAUUUUGCCAGCGAUGUUAUUUCUCGGACAGCAUUUGGAAGUAGUUAUGAAGAAGGCAGAAGAAUAUUCCAACUUCAAAAAGAGCAAGCUGAACUUACAAUGAAAGUUAUGGUGAAAGCUUACAUCCCUGGAUGGAGGUUUCUACCUACUACUAUUCAUCGGAGGAUGAAGGAAAUCUGCACAGAUGUAAAUGCUUCCCUUAAGGAUAUCAUUGAAAAGAGGGAGAGAGCACUAAAUGCGGGUGAAGCCAGUAAGAACAACUUGUUAGAUAUUCUUCUGGAGUCAAAUCGCAAGGAAAUUCAAGAACAUGGAAACAACAAGAAUGUUGGAAUGAAUCUUGAAGACAUAAUUGAAGAAUGCAAGCUAUUCUACUUUGCAGGGCAGGAGACCACUUCAGUUUUGCUUGUUUGGACGAUGGUGUUACUAAGUAGGUACCCGGAUUGGCAAGCACGCGCAAGGGAGGAAGUAUUAAGAGUAUUUGGUAAUCAAAAACCAGAUUUUGAUGGUCUAAGUCAACUUAAGAUUGUCACCAUGAUUUUGUAUGAGGUUCUUAGGUUAUACCCACCAGCAGUGGGGCUAGUCCGAAAUGUUCACAAAGAUGUGAAACUUGGAAACCUAGCAUUACCUGCUGGAGUGCAGGUUUAUUUACCACCAGUUUUGGUUCACCAUGAUUGUGAGCUAUGGGGUGAUGAUGCAAAAGAGUUCAAUCCUGAGAGAUUUUCUGAAGGAGUUGUAAAAGCAACAAAAGGAAGAGUUUCAUUCUUUCCUUUUGGAUGGGGUCCUAGAAUAUGUAUUGGACAAAACUUUUCCAUGUUGGAAGCAAGGAUGGCCUUGACAGUGAUUUUACAACAUUUCUCAUUUGAACUUUCUCCUGCCUAUGCUCAUGCUCCAUCUACGGUAAUGACUCUUCAACCUCAAUAUGGCGCUCAUAUCAUUCUGCGUAAAGUGGGUACAUAAAAUAUAGGGAAAAUUGCUUUUACCUUCCGAGAUUUGUCAAUAUUGCACUAAUCUCCCCUCUAUUUUACCAAAUACAUUGGCCUCCUUCACAUAUCAUUUAGAAUAACAGAAUGAUGUUUAGUGUUAUAAUAAAUCUUAUGGGAGGUCAAUGCAAUAAUGAUAAACAUCGGAGGAGGUCAGUGGAAUGUUUCCAAAAGGUGAUUUGUGUUUGCUUAAAUAAUAGAUGAGAUGUUAGUGCAAUAAUGACAAACAUCAGGGGAUGGGGUGUCAGUAUAAUUUACCCUAAAAUAUAAUAAUGAGCCCUUAUUGUAUGACUUUUAUUAUAGUACUGUUGGAAAGCUUGUAAUAUAAGUAAUCUCUUCUAGACACUAUUGUAUGUUUGCUUUCAUUUACACUGCUAUACUGGUUAUUUUAAUUGCAUAUUUCUUGAA